GGUCUUCUGGUCAGUUAAAAGGACCCUCCUGUUCAUCAGUCCAACAGAAAGAAGUCAGUCUUGGUGUGGUAAUCGUACCAGCAGAAUUCUAAUCAUGAGGUUUGUGUAUUUUGUCUCAUUGUGGAUCUCUGCAUGGAGCACACAGGCUCAGGACCUCAUGUCACCGACUGUGGACAUUGUUGCGGAGCUGGGGAAACUCAGGACCAUGGAGGAAAAGCUGAAAGCCAUGGAGAACGAAAUAAAGGAGCUCAGGAGAGAGAAAGCAGAGCAGGCAACAGCGCUUGAAGUCUUGCGUGGUAGCACGAGUGAGAUGAAGGUCAGAGUGGACAAACUGGACAACGAAGACUUUAAGGUGGCAUUUUCUGCAUUUCUGGUCGAUUCUACAACAUCCAGUUCUCUUGGACCCUUCGACACCCUCAAAACGCUGGUCUAUAAAUAUGUUUUUACAAACAUCGGAGGAGCCUAUGAUCAAAAUACAGGAAUUUUCACGGCGCCUCUGAAGGGAGUCUACGUAUUCAGGGUCUUUUCUAAGGCAAAUGGUUCUGCUGUGACCGCAGGCUUGUUUAAAAAUAACCAGCACAUCUUUUCCACCCACGCGGACCAAGGCAGCGGUUUUUACAGCACUUCAAACGGAGUCACUCUGCAGCUGGAGAAAGGAGAUACUCUAGACGUGCGCCUCUACCCUUCUGCACGCAUAUAUGACAACAGUGUACACCACCACAGCUCCUUCAGCGGCCACCUGCUUUUCCCUCUGUGACCAAGAGGCGCUGCAGCCGGUCAGCUGGAAUGGUUUCACAGGGAAAUAGCAGCUCUGUCGACUGUUAAUCUGCAAUAGAAGCAAUGAAUUGUUUGCUUUGCUAUGCUUGAUAGUCAAAGGCCUUUGUUCCAAUCCUGUCUUGUGCGUGGACAAUCAAAUAGUCCAGAUUAUUCUGAAAUCUUUGUUUGGGCACUUGUUAAGUCGUAUAAUGAGAAGUCUGGAAAGAAAUAAUACACUCAAAACAAGAAGUCGCAUCUAAAACGAAGUGCUUAUGUUUUAAUGCUCAGUAAAGCUUCUGCUGCAUAUUAAAUGUUUUAAUUUACUGUU